AUGUUCCACUAGCUGGACAGACACCUUAAAUAGAUCAGUCUGACGCUGAUCAGAGCUGGAGAAGAAUCAGCAUUGAACAGCAAAGUAUUUCAACCAGAAGGCUGCUUCUGCUCGGUACGUUCAGCAAUGGCUGAUGUUUUCAGAGGCCUAAACCUGCUGGAAACUCUCAAAGAGUCAAUAGAGAGCAACAAGUUAGCAGACGUUAAGGAUGCAGUGGAAGAUCUCCUGAUCAGCAGGAUCAACUUGGCUGUGGUGGGAGACCGUGGAGAUGAAAAAGCCUUCUUCAUGAAUUCCCUCCGUGGCCUUGGGCCUGGAGAUGAGGGAGCAGCUCCUUCUCCAUCCCCUGCUGCCCCAGAGGAAGUGGCCGGCUACCCCAACCCAAAACACCCUGAUUUCCGCCUGUGGGACCUGCCGCCCGUUCCAACCACAUCGCCAUUUGAACCAGAGGGCUACAUGGAUAGAGUGAAGUUUCUCCGCUACAAUGCCGUCUUUAUGACAUUCACAGAGACACCCCAACCCAACAGUGUGGAGGUUUUCUUGGAGGCCCGUUCACUGCAGCGACAAACUGUGUACUUUAUUCUCCUGGCUCCUGUGAAAGACACAGAAAAGAGCCUGGAAGAAAGAAGGAAAGCCAGUCUGGACGUGCUGACAUCACAGGGUGUGGCACAGCCUAAAGUCUACCUGGUCACACCUUUAACCUUGGAGAAGUUUGACUUCCCUGGCCUGUUGGAGGACAUGGGGAAGGACCUUCCAGAGAUCCGAGCAAACGCCCUGCUCUUGGCUCUACCGACACUCACCGCAACCCUGGUCACCCAGAAAAAGGAUGCAUUCAAAGCACUAGUUUGGGCAGCUGCCUCUCUAUCUGGUGGCAUGUCUGCUAUCCCUGUUCCCCUGGUGGCCUCUAUGGUGGACUCAAGCAUAGCAGUGCGGAUCCUGACAAAAGCACAAUUAUCUCUGUGCCUGGAUGAUGAAUCGGUGGAACGACUGGCCCGGCAGCGUGGCAUAGAACCCGCACGACUUAAAGGGCUGCGGACUUGUGCACUUUCAGCGGAGGUCACUAAAGGCGAAGUGAAAAACCGUCUCACAGCGGCAGAGAAGGACUUGGCCACUGUUUCGUCGAAGCUGCUGGAGAUGGCAAUGCCGAGGCAUGCCCGCUCUGCCAGCUGCUCUUUCGCUGCCAUGCUGCAAGCGUUAAAUGGUGCUAUUGAUGAAAUGGCAGUUGAUGCUGAGAAGGUAGUGUCUGCUGCUCUUGAAGAGAGGAAAUGAUUAAAUAUUUUUCUCUUUGUGUGACAUUUCCUGUUGAGGUGUGGUACUCUUUGUAUGCUUUGGAAUAUAAGAAACACACGGUUCAUACGAUAUUUCCAAAUCUUUUGAUACAGUAUGUUUUCACUCUUAGUACUCAUGAACACUGUAAAUAUUGUGCAGACAUAAAUCCUGCAAAUAAAUGCCAAGUACUCUACAUUACUCUUCGCCUCACAUACCCUGAAUGCAAAACUGUAGAUAGAGGAAGUGAGAGCAGAUUCAGCUACGUGCAUGCUGUACUUUUGCUGAAAAAAAACUACUUGAUCACUUUCAUCAGUGCAGCUCAAGACUGUGCGUUCUGACUUGCAUAGGCAUGCAAAUUCUAGAAUAAUUUAAGUCAACUGUGAAAACUUCCCUUUUUUAAACUUUACUGUUUCUUAAGAAGGAAUACUGAGUUGCAUGUCCUGCUAUAAGUGAAUCCUCUGAG